AUGCCUUCUGCCCCUGCUCUCGGCGCCCUGGGCGUGACCUUUACGGCCAUGCGCGUCAUGGAGGGCAUUGCGCUCCUCACCAUCAUCGGCCUGUCUGCCAACUUUAUCAGUGACGCCGUCAACGCCGGCUACGUUGCGCCUCCUCCGCUGGUCGGCACUCUUGUCGUGUCCUGUCUGGCCACCCUGUACAUUGCCAUCAGCUACAUCCUGUACUACGACUCGAUGCUGCCCAUGCUCAUCGCCACGGGCGCCGACGCGGCGGUCCUCAUCAUGGUGAUUGUCGUGGCGGUGCUGCUCGGCAAGCCCGUCAGCUACCUCCAGUGCGAGUCGUACCCGUCCAAGGGCAACACGGCCAACUUUAUCCACUCUGUCUACAGCAACGUCAAAAAGACCAACUCCAACGUCUUCCUCUGGGUGGACCCGGACAAGACGGCCUGCUACGAGGUCAAGGCCGUCUGGGGCCUGAGCACCGCCCUGUGCAUCAUGUUUGCCAUGUCUGCCAUUGUCUCCGGCGUGGGGGGACAGGCUUCUGGUCCGAACGUGCUGCGAAAGGGCCGGAGUCUGGGCACCACGGCGGUGACGGGGCCACAGGAGCGCAAGCUCGCAUCGCAGGGAUCCGUGGCGUCGUCGUCGUCGUCUUCUGGCGGGUCCAACGUCCACGAGUCCUUGCCCCUGCCUGUUCCUGUUCCCGUUCACCGGGCCUCCCCGCCUCCCACGGCUUCUGAGCGACCGUCACGGUUUGGAGAGGUGGCCCGCCCCGUGGAGAGCCUGCCUCGGCUUCAGAUCCCACCGCCACCGCCCAUCCCGGAGGAUCCUUCUCCUUCUCCUUCUCCCCAGCCGCCGCCAAAGAGUCCGCUGAGCCCGCUGCUGGCGAGGGCUCGGUCGAAGAGAAGGACCAUCAUGUCUAGGGUGGAGGGCUGGUGGGAUCUGGGGUUGCUGGACAGACGGCAAACACUGUUUGGCAAGAGGGGUUGA